AUGUCCUCCUACUCGUUUUAUCCCCCUUGUGUCAACGAUGAACGCUCGCCCUGCCCUGGAUUGAACACGCUUGCGAACCAUGGCUACAUAGCGCGCAACGGCAAAAGUGUCGCGUUCAUACAGCUCUUCCUGGCAGUCAAGACCGUCUAUAAUCUCAGCAUUCCGCUUUCACUUUUGCUCACGAUGGUGGGGUUCAUAACUUGCGCCGACUUCAAGGUGUCUCGGCCAUACGACGGGAAGGUUGGUUGGCAGUGGCCCGUUUCGUGGACCCUUGAUCUUGGAAACCUCGCAAAAGAAGGUGUCAUGAGUUUGGCUCAUGGCGCUUCGCUUGUUCACAGUUCUCCGAUCUCGAGAGACGCGCCGGAUGCGAAAUUGUUAUGGAAUGUGCUGCAAGUGGCUGAAGUCGAAGGCGGCCUUUCCCUCCAUUCGCUGGCCAAGAUUCAUGCCUCACGUAUUCGAACACUUGGCCACAAACUCGACGGGUUUCACGCACAAGUCGCAGCAGGAGAGGUCGCUUUGGCGUGGUUGGUUAUGCGUAAUCCACAAACUGGAUUGAUUGAGGUGGAUAAGUUGGAGUCGUGGUUCAAAGAGGAGAAGUUGCCGAGGGAUUGGUGGAAUGGGCGUCGCUCGCCUAAGACAAUACUCUUACUUCAGGCCAGAGAGACGGCAGACAGGUUUCAAAGCAUGGCCAAGAUGGUUUAA